AUGGGUGUUCGUUUCUUAGACAUUGUGAAGCCGUUCUGCGCAAUAUUACCUGAGAUUGCUCGACCGGAGCGUAAGAUUCAGUUUAGAGAGCGUGUGCUAUGGACGGGUAUAACUCUCAUGAUAUUCCUCUUUUGCUGUCAAAUACCGCUUUUUGGAAUAAUGUCGUCUGAAUCUGCUGAUCCCCUUUACUGGCUUCGGGUUAUAUCUGCCUCGAAUAAAGGGACUCUUAUGGAGCUAGGCAUUUCGCCGAUUAUUACAUCUGGUCUGAUUAUGCAAGUUUUGGCUGGAAUCCAGGCCCUUCAGGUCGGCGAUGCUCCCAAAGACCGAGCCCUUUUUAAUGGAGCCCAAAAAUUAUUUGGUAUGGUUAUUACCGUUGGUCAAGCGUCAGUGUAUGUGAUGUCUGGCAUCUACGGUCCUCCCAGCGAGUUGGGUGCUGGUAUCUGUCUUCUGAUUAUCUUGCAAUUAACUUUUGCGGGUCUUCUUGUUUUAAUGUUAGACGAACUACUGCAGAAGGGUUAUGGACUUGGUUCGGGUAUUUCGCUUUUCAUAGCUACAAAUAUAUGUGAGACCAUUAUUUGGAAGGCCUUCAGUCCCAUCACUAUAAAUACUGGCAGAGGUACUGAAUUUGAGGGAGCCGUCAUUGCUCUCUUCCAGCUGUUGGCAACUAGAACCGAUAAAGUUCGGGCUUUGAGAGAAGCCUUUUACCGGCAAAACCUGCCCAAUUUAAUGAAUCUCAUGGCCACCGUUUUGGUGUUUGCUGUGGUUAUUUACUUUCAAAGUUUUCGCGUUGAAAUAGCCGUAAAGUCUAUUCGUUACCGCGGUCAAACGACUUCUUAUCCCAUCAAGCUGUUUUACACAAGCAAUGCGCCUAUUAUGUUACAAAGUGCUCUUGUGUCCAAUCUCUACGUCAUAUCUCAGAUGUUAUCAAGUAAAUUUCGUGGAAAUUUUUUGAUAAAUCUUCUUGGUAUUUGGUCCGACGGUGAGGGUGGAACGCGUUCGGCUCCUAUUGGUGGUUUAUGUUAUUACAUGACUCCGCCGGACUCGUUUUCGCAAAUGCUCAUGGAUCCCAUCCACGGCAUCAUUUACAUAGCAUUCAUGCUUGGAAGUUGUGCCUUCUUCAGCAAGAUUUGGAUUGAUGUGUCCAACUCUAGCGCCAAAGACGUUGCUAAGCAAUUGAAGGAACAGCAGACCGUCAUCCCUGGCCACCGCGAAGAAUCCAUGGUUCACGAACUUAAUCGACAUAUUCCCACUGCUGCCGCUCUUGGAGGUCUUUGGAUUGGAGCUCUCUCUGUCUGCGCCGAUUUUCUUGGCGCGAUUGGUAGCGGAACUGGUAUUCUGAUGGCGGUUACUACCAUUUACCAAUAUUACGAAGUUUUUGUUCGGGAACAAAACGAAAUGGGCGGAUCAAUGAGCACAUUACUCUUCUAA